UUCAAUACUAUCAUACCCUCAGUUCUCACACACUGCACCAGCAAUGGAUUUCCACAGCCUUUCCAGGAGAGAAUUGCAAGCUCUCUGCAAGAAGAAUAAAAUUCCUGCAAACAUCACCAAUGUUGCCAUGGCAGAUGCUCUCAAAGCUCUUCAGAUCGUUGAAGGAAUUGACGAUUUGAUGCAUCCAUCAAAAUCUGUAACUGCCCAGUCAUCGAUUGAAUCUCCAACCCGAUCAGAGGUGAUGUCUCCAUAUCUGCCGCCAAGUGCUGCGGGGAGCACUCGCUGGAGACAAUCUGGGCGUUCAACUCGAAGGAACCUGGUCAAUAAUAAUGCCCAGUCUCAGGAUAAUGAAAUUGGAGCUACAGCAGCAAUGUCGACGCUGCAAUCUGGAAAGAAAGACGAGGUAGAAGAUGAAAAGAGAGAUGUUCUGAUGACCCCUGCUCCAUUGGGGGCUACUAGCCGAAGAAGAAGGGGGGCGGAGGAUAGUACGGUUAAGAGAGUGUACAGCACACGAAGGUCCGCCAGGCUGGCAGAGAAAAGUCUGAAGAUGCUGAAUGAGGGCAACCAUGGUGUGUCUUCCUCGAUAGCUAAGAAGGAAUCAACUAAAAGUGGAUCGACAAAUGUGGACAUGGCGUUACAAAAGGACUUUGAUGAAGAAAUUACAGGAGGUGGUGAUUCAAGCACUGAUUCGUCUGAGAUUUCUGUACCGUAUAACUUGGAGGUUGUUUCAGCUAAAAAACAGGGCGUUCUUAGUGACGUUGCAUAUGGAGAAGUAAGCAGCAGCAUUUCUGAGAAUGUAACUGAACUGUACGAGGAGAAAAGGGAAGAAGCUGAAGAUAUCUGCAUUCAAAACCUUAGUGCAGCCCUGAAUUUGAGUAAUGAAGUCGUAGAAAGUGGCAAAGAUGAAGUGGAGGAAAGGGAACACUCUGAGGCCGCCAAUGGUUCUAACCAAGAGAUGGAGGUGAGCAACGAGAAAGAAACAGGAAUUGGAUUAGAUGCAGAAGCUGAACAGGUAGAGAAAAAGAGGGAUAACAACACACAAGACCCGCGUGGCGAAAGCAUAGUCAUGGCUCUAAGUUCUAAUGAUGAAGCUGAAUUGGGUGAGGAAGUAAGUGUCAACACACAAGACCCGAGUGGCAAAAGCAUAGUCAUAGAAUUGGGUGAGGAAGGAAGUGAUCCAGGUGAAUUGGGUGAGGAAGUUAGUGUUAACACACAAGAUCCUAGUGGCGAAAGCAUAGUCAUGCCUCUGAAUUCGAAUGAUGAAGCUGAAUUGGGUGAGGAAGUAAGUGUUAACACACAAGACCCAAGUGGCGAAAGCAUAGUCAUAGAAUUGGGUUCUAAUGAUGAAACUGAAUUGGGUGAGGAAGUAAGUGUUAACACACAAGAACCGAGUGGCGAAAGCAUAGUCAUAGAAUUGGGUGAGGACGUAAGAGUUGACACACAGGACCCGGGUGUCGAAAGCGUGGUCAUAGCUCUGAGUUUGGAUGAUGAAGUGAUUGGCAAAGAAGCCGAAUUGGGUGAGGAAGGAAGUGUUAAAGCAGAUGAUCUUAGUGAUGAGAUCGCAGCCAUUAAACAUGAAGUUCAACAGAAGCUCUUUGUGGAGAAGGACAUGGAAUUGCUGAACGAUACAUACAAUGAGGAGGGGGAGAAGCCUGAGGGAGGUAUUGCUGCUGCUGCUGCUGAGCCUGAGGGUUUCAAGAACAUUGCUUUCGAAAAUGAAAAAGACAAUGAGAUUGAGAAAGAAAGGAAUGAAGACACAGAUGUGGACAACGCUGUGGUCAAGCUUACAGAGCUCGGAUUACAAGAAGCUGCUGUUGUUGCUACCAAGGAAGGUGAUUCUGAUUGCUGCACUGACCAACUGGUGGUGGAUGGAGAACUCAACGAAGAAGAUGAGCCCAAAGAAACUGGAAUAUUCGAACACAAGGAAGAAAGCUUAGCUGCUGAUUUGGUGCCAAAGAAUGAAGAACAACAACAGAUCAUGGAUGAUGAUGAAGAAGAGCCUCAGAAGAAGAAGAGCUUUCAGAUUAUUCCACCUGCAGGAUCAACAGAUACAGACCUAAUCACCUCGACGACGCCAAUCAAGAAUUCAGCGAGCAAGGCGAGCAACAACAGGCAGUGGGCAGUUUUCUCAGACAACAAAGAGAACAUUGGCAGUGGUGGCAAACUGAGUACCAUGAAAGAGGGUGCCAAAGAUACUACUAAGAAGAAGAAUGUGAAUUAUGAUGAAAUGAGUGUGAGAAUGCUGAAGAAGAUGGUGAAGGAGAAGUUCAAAAAAUUAAGCAUAAAUGAUAGCAACGACGAAAAUGAUGACAGCCAUGGGCAAGGGAAUCAUCAUCAUGACAGCAGCAAGGUAGAGAUGGGGCAGGCGGUGGCGCCAUCGAGAUCAGCUCUGCAACCACUUCCAGAGAAUAAUUGAGUUGGGGUGGAUGGAUUAUUAACAAACACACACUUCUUUCGAUCCGGAGGCCUGGGGUAUAUGUGUGUGUUUUUCAGUCGAGUUGAGUCAGUCUUGUUCGAUUAUCAUUACUUUUACAUUACAUUACAUGACAUUACCUCUUUGGUAAUGGCAGUUUUUGACAUGAAAUAAUACUACUACUAAAAAAGAAGCAAGAGUUGGCAUCAA